AUGAUGCAGAGCUUCACGACCCAGUCGGCAGCCGACGCCCUGGAGCAGGGCCAUGAGUACCUGCCUGACCGGGCGGUGAGCAACGUGGACGACCCUGAGUUGGGGGCGGCCGCCCUGGAAGAAGACGACGCCACAGGCGGCGGUAGCGGAGCAGGCGGCUCCGGAGGAGGAGGCUACCUCGACGAAUGGCUGGAUGACGACGAGGAGAUCGAGCCGCGCCAUCCGCCGGCUGCCAACAAGGCGGGCACAAGCUCCUCAGCUGCAGCGUCUGCACCAGGCGGCGCAUCAAAGCGCCGAGCCGGCAAGCCGCUUUUUGGCAGCCGGCCGAAGAAGGCCAAGAGCACGGCCGUGGCGACCAAGGAGGCGGAGGCCGCCGCGAAGGCGGCCCGGUUGCAGAAGGCCAGGAAGCAGCCACCAAUGGUGUCCGUGGCCCCGCUCUCUCUUGAGCGGUCUGACUCUGCGUCCGUGAUCGGGACGACGGGGGGCUCCACCAACACUCGCCGCGUAGACCCGCGCGCCGAGCUCCUGGCGGCAAUGGAGCAGAACGCGCAGGAGGCGCGCGAGAGGGCGGAGAAGGAGGAGGCGGACGCCGCCAAUGCGGCACAGGAGGAGGCCGAUGCAGCGGCCAAGGCUCAAGCCGACGCCGCGGCUAAGGCUCGGGCGGCCGCGGCCGCCAAGGCGGAAGCGGAGGAGGCGGCCCGCAACCAACCCCCGCAACUCAUCAUCCCUCUGCGCUCCAUGCCACCGAGGCCAGAGAUCCAGGUGCCGACUAGAGGAGCCGGCGAUGAGCAAACGGUCAUGGAGAGGGGAGGGGGCGACGACAUCAUCUUGGGGGCGGAGAUGCCCCCGCAGGCACCGACUGCCGAGGCCCAAAGCAGCCGGCCCGACGCGUUACUGGUGCCACCAGUUGACGACGAGCUGGUGGUGCGGGCGAACCCUGUGGUGCGUACUCCAGCGCGCUGUCAUGCGGAGAAGGUGGCUUCAACACCCCGACCACAAGAGGCCAGGGCUGCAAGCGCCAAUGCCACCUUGCGGCAGCAACUGGGCGAGGCCCAAACCGCGCUGUGCGCCAAGGAGGCGGAGUGCAGCAAGGUGGCUGAGGAGCGCGACCGUCUGGUCAAGGAGCUGGCUGACCAGGCGGACCGUCACAAGGCGGCCCUCCAGGCAGCGAAGGACAAUGAGACCGGCCUCCUGGCCGAGUUCGAGACUAAGCGCUCGAACUGGGGUGAGGAGAAGAAGGCUCUAACCGACGGCUACAGCAACAUCGAGGACAUGAUCGACGAAUUCUUCCCUGGCUAUGCUGCUGCCGCCGGUCGGGCCAUCGAGACGCGUCGCGACGAGCGAAGAAGGAAGGCGUCGAAAUCACGCCCGUCGCGCCCCGGACCCUCAACGAGCAGCUUCUUGCCAUCUGGGCGCGCCUUCAGCCGGCUCACCGAAUGCUUCGCCGCCUGCAGCGCGUUGGGGCCCAGGUGUUGUCCGCCCUCUGGCUAG